AUGACAAAGCCCAAGAAAGUCCUGGCAGAGAUGUUAUUGGAAAUAAUUGACACUCUGUCUAAUAAUAUUUUGGACCUCUUGAGUCAACCAGAGUGCCCCCUGGUGUCACAAGAAGACAUCAGCAGAGCUCUGGAGCCCUGUCUGACGGAUAUCUUUGAUUUCCUAUUGAGCACCUCACACGACGCGUGUGCUCCGCUCUUCAAGGCCUUGAGCGCAGUAGUGUGUAGCAGUGUCAACGCUGGGCAGAGCCACAGUGAAAUACAGCCCAAAACCUCAUACGUGCCCCCCAAAGAACAUCUGGUCAAAAUGAUGCACUUGAUCAAACCCCUUUUACGUUUCGCCAGAGAUCAGGAAUGUCGGAAACAUUACUCGGAGCCUCUACCUGAUGUCGCACAGCAGACCAAUGCUGUGCGCCAUCACAGCACAGACUUUAGCACACGUGGUCCUCAAGUGUCGGAGGAAAGUGAAUGCUCGGAUUCUGAGAAUGAAACCAGAUCUACAGAGAUGAAAGUCAGCUCUGAUACCAGGAAAGUGACUCCACCAAUGGCGUCCAAAAACACCAUAAUACAAAUUCAAUACAUCGCUGAAGAGGCUGCUACGGAAAUGUUGCUCAAGGGCCAGGAGAACAAGUCUAAGGAGCUGCUGAGACCACUAUGUAAGGACCAGGAAGCCGCUUCACAGGUGGAAAUCCAAUGGAACGACCAGCAUUGGUCUUACCUGCUGCUAGAAGUGUGCUUUCGGGUGUUGGCUACCUCAGAGGAAAUGAAUAUAGAGCAACUCUUCCAGCUUCUCUUGAAGUAUGUGGAGCAACACAAAUCUGAAUGUAUUGUUCGGGUCAAACCUGAUCUGCAUCACAUCAGAGAAGCAGCUAAUGCGAUACACCAAGCUGUGAUUGCAAACCUUGGGGAGUGGAUGCUAUUCACAAUCAUGGUGGAACCUGAGUUCAGCGCCGCCAUCAUCACAGACUGCAUCCUGAAAAGGGUAAGCAUGCCACAACAAAUAGGCUUUAUCCAGGAAAGAGCCUCAUUGGAGUCUUUUGAUGAGACCAACACAUCUCUAAAAUCAAAGACAGCACACAAGACACCAGACAUGGUGUACAGGGCGUGGUUGGACUAUAAAGCGAGAAAGAAAGCCCCCUCACCAGAAGAAUACAUACCAGCUGAGCAAAGGGCUGCCACACAGGACCAAUGA